UUUAAAUUAAAUAACCCAAAGAAAAUCGUAGUGGUGACAUUUAUAAAAAAUAACUUAAAUAAAAAAGGAAUUUUAACAAAAUUUAAACAAAAAACUCCUUAAGUUAAAACAACAAAACCAAAACAGUUAAAAAACAUUUAAAAAUUUAUACAAUAAAAGCUUUGUGUGUUAAACAGCUUUCAAUAGCAACUGUACUUCUUCAAAAAAAGCAAGAAAACAAAGACCAGACGGGCCAAUUUUUAUUAAGGCUCUUAAAUAAAAAAAAUACCAACAAAAAAACCCCUAAUAAAUUAAAUAAAAAUGUUAAAAAUUUAUUAAACUCAAAUAAAACCACGUAAACCCUAAAACAAAAUGAUUAUUUCUUAACAACAAGGCAAUAAUAUUAAUAAAAAUUAUCACCUAUAUUUCAAUUCUUUUUGAAAUUAUUUAAAUUAAACAACAACAGCUUUAAAUGAAAAUUUAAAUAAUCAAUUAUUUCCGGUUUUUGUUAAACAUUAAAAAGGAAACUAUAGAAUUAAAUAAAAAAACAACAAACUUCCUGUUGUUUUUGCUGAGACAAAUUAUAAAUUAAAGUUCAAAUCUUCAACAAAUCUACAACUACCUCACUUCAACUAAAAAAAUCAAAAAAAAAAGCAACAUGUCUGUUCCCGCUGUUUUAAAUGUUUUGGAAGCUUCAUCUCUGCUGCUGGAUGAUCAUAUGCAAAAUUGUUCUUCGUACGUGGAGGCUGCCGCUGUUAUAGCACCCAAAUUUUCAACCGUUCCUAAUGUUCAGGAAGAGGAGGCCAAAAUUGCUGUGGACACUUGUGUCCAUAUGGUUAGACCUUUUACUGUGAUAUUACCUGAACAGUUGGCUGAAAAUGAACAUGUAGCCUUGACAGGAGAUUCUCAGGCUUUGGGUGAAUGGCAAUUGGAUCGAUGUGUUACAUUGACUCAAAACAAAGGCAGUUUGGAGUGGUCGGCCAAUGUAAUGUUGCAAGCUUGUGCUAAUAAUAUCAAUUAUCGUUAUUUUAUUUAUGCUGAAGAUCAUUUGGGUCGCAAACAGAUCAGACGUUGGGAGACCCAUUUGAAACCACGACAACUGACUUCUUGCAUAAACAAUUGUCGUAAUGUGGAUAUUUUUGGUCAAGUGGCGGCAGGAGAGGUGGAACUUAAUCGUGGUUGGUUGAAUAAUGAAAUGAUCUUGCAGUUGAAAUUUGAGCGCGAGAAAAUGUUCCAAGUGCAUGAUAUUAAUAAAUUUGAUCCAGAAAAUGUUUAUAUUAAGGUGGUAGUUUUAGGAGAGGAUUUAACUACCUCCCUGGAUGCUGAGAAGACGGGAAUUAAUGUAGAGUUUGCCAAAAUGAGAUACAAUGAAAGUGUUUUAAAACCUCAACCUACAGAGGGAGUGCCACACAAACGCAAUGAGGUGGUGAUUUUCCAUUUGACCGUUCCCUUGGAAUUGGAGGCUUCAUAUGCUUUAGAAUUUUACUCACAACAGCAGCAACUAAUGGGCAAAGCUUACAUUUUGGCGGAUCAGUUGAAGGGUAGUCAAGGUGAACUUUUGCUGGAGAUUAAGGAUACAAAAGAAACUGUGAUAGCACGCUUAACUUUACCCUAUUUAUUGGUUAAGCCUUUUAGUGAUAAACAACUGUUAGAUUUUCGCACCACUUAUGCCCAUUAUUGGCCCAAAACCUGGCCCAAUUUGGAUGUGGGACACCGCGGCAAUGGCAAAAGUUAUAUAGCCAAUGCCCCUGCAGAAAGAGAGAACACCAUUUCCUCCUUCUUGAAGGCCUAUGAAGUAUUUGCUGAUAUGGUGGAGCUGGAUGUACACCUAACGGCCGAUGGCAUACCUGUGAUAUAUCAUGAUUUUGGAGUGCGUACUGCGCCUCAAGGCAAAGAGGUUAAAGAUGUGUCGCAAUUGGAAUAUGUACUCUUGAAAGACAUGACCUAUGAGGCCAUUAAGGAACUACGUGUCUUUGCCAUUAUCAAUAAUGAAAUUAAAGAAUAUCCGGCCCAUAAUAAAGAACCGGUAUUUGAGAAACGCAUCUUUCCUACUUUAGAGGAGGUGCUAGAAGCAUUACCCAAAACUUUGGGUAUAGAUGUGGAAAUAAAAUGGCCCCAACGCAAGAUCAAAGGAGGCGUAGAGGCUGAACAAACCAUAGAUAAAAAUUUCUUUAUUGAUACCGUUUUAAAAGUGAUAUUACAAAAAGGUUGUGGACGUCCUUUAAUAUUCUCUAGUUUUGAUGCUGAUAUCUGCACCAUGCUGAGAUUCAAACAGAAUUUAUUACCCGUCAUGUAUUUGACUCAAGGAGAAACACAAAAAUGGGAGGCUUUUCUUGAUCUAAGAACCCGAACAUUCGAACAGGCCAUUAACAAUGCUCAGGCAUUUGAAUUGGCCGGUACAGCUCCUCAUGCUGAAGAUUUUAAGGGAGAACAAGGAGCCGCCCUAAUGAAAAAAGCCAAAGAUUUGGGUCAAAUAUCUCUAGUAUGGGGAGAUGACUGUAAUUCCCAACAAGCUGUUAAAUAUUUCCAAGAUAUUGGUGCUACUGCUACCUGUUACGAUAGAUCCGAUUUGUAUGUUCCUCCCAGCAAAUCAAAGUCAUUUUUCAAUUCCACGGAAAUAAUGGAGGAAUUUAAAGAUCAAUGUCGUGCUUAAAUGUUAAAAGAAAACAGAAAAAGCAAAUAUAUUUUUUAUAUACCUGUUAAAUACGAAUUUUAUUAGAAAUUAUACAAAAAUUUAAACUCGUUCGCUGGCGAACAUUUUUAAACAAACAAAAACUAUUUAAAAUUUUUAUUGUUAAAUACUCCUGGUAUUAAACAAUUUUUAGUAUUAUUAUUAGAAAACAACAACAAAAACACCAAUACUAUGUAUUCAUUAUUCCAUUUAAUUAAUAUUAAACUAAAACAAAAUUAAAGACAAUAAACUUAUAUGUUUAACAUAUUUGUUUAAUUAGUAAAAUUUUAAUUAAAAGCAAUUUAUUAAUGCAAACUACAAAAAAAGUAAUUUUACGUUUGAAUAAACAUUUAACAAGUUUUAAAUUUAUUCUUUAAAUAAUUACAAAAUUAAACUUUAAACAUUGUUAACUUAUUAACUAAACUAUACCACUUAUUAAUUACUAUUAAAGAAAAAAUAUAUAUUAAAAAAAGAAACAAAAUAAAAAAAAACAAAAUAUAUUUUUUGAUUCUUAAAUAUUAAAUAUAAAAUUUUGUGUAAUAAUUAUUGUUACCUAUAAGUUGGCCACUCUCUGUAUUAGCUUAAUCAUCUUUAUUGAUGACGACAUAUUAUCAUUAACCAUUAAAAUUGCUUUCAUUUCUA